AAGGCAGCAAUGCAUUUAGGGCGAAACUGAAAACAGAGCACAGCGCAGAGCAGAGCCGCUUGUAUCCUCUCCUCAUUUCCUUGCUUUCAGAGGAGGUUGAAACACGCUUUCUGCACUCUCCGUGCGUGUGUCUGCGCUUCUCUGUGUGUGUGUGUGUGCGCGCGCGUGAGUGAGGGCUUUGCAGAAACUAUUUGGUGUUUGUCAUGUGAAAAAAGCAGAGGAGGACCCUUUUGAGAGUUGGGUGUUUUGAGAAACUAUACAGAAUCGUUUCCCGAGAUCUUGUUUGUCGAAACUCAAAAAAAGGCAAGCCUCGGCUGGGAAUAACAAGUUCUUGCUCUCGAAGUACUCAGUAAUGGGGGCGUUUUGUUUGUUGAAUUGGAUAUGCAUUGGUUUGGUUGUGGGAGUGUGUUUGGCGGCGGACCCGUUUGCCUACUUUGACAUGGAGCUUUCUUACAUUACUGCUUCUCCUCUUGGUGUUCCUCAACAGGUUAUAGCAGUCAAUGGGAAAUUCCCAGGUCCCGUUAUUAACGUAACAACUAAUUACAAUGUUGUGGUAAAUGUCAAGAAUAAGUUGGAUGAAGAUCUCCUAAUGACAUGGUCUGGAAUCCAGAUGCGACGGUCGUCAUGGCAAGAUGGGGUUUUGGGUACAAAUUGCCCCAUACCCCCAAAAUGGAACUGGACCUACCAAUUUCAAGUCAAGGAUCAAAUUGGUAGCUUCUUUUACUACCCUUCACUGAACAUGCAGAGGGCGUCUGGUGGAUUUGGUCCUUUCGUUGUAAUGAAUCGCAAGAUUAUUUCUCUACCUUUUGAUACUCCUGAUGGGGAGAUAGUAAUCAUGAUUGGUGAUUGGUAUACUCGCAACCAUACGGCACUAAGAAAGGCCCUUGACAAUGGAAAAGAGUUGGGAAUGCCGGAUGGAGUGCUUAUUAAUGGAAAGGGACCAUACAGAUACAACACCACACUUGUUCCUGAUGGCAUUGAGCAUGAGACCAUUAAUGUUCAUCCUGGCAAAACUUACCGAAUUCGGGUGCAUAACGUUGGAGUCUCCACUUGUUUGAAUUUUCGAAUUCAGAGCCAUAAUCUGCUUUUGGCAGAAACAGAGGGUUAUUAUACAUCUCAACAGAACUAUACUAGCUUGGAUAUCCAUGUUGGGCAGUCUUACUCAUUUCUCGUUACCAUGGAUCAGAAUGCGAGCAGUGAUUAUUAUAUUGUCGCAAGUGCUAGGUUCGUGAACCAAUCUCACUGGCAGAGAGUUACUGGUGUUGCAAUAUUGCACUAUUCCAACUCAAAAGGAAAGGCUGCUGGUCCACUUCCGGACCCUCCAAAUGAUGCUUAUGACACAUCAUAUUCAUUAAACCAGGCCAUGUCCAUCAGGCAAAAUGUGAGUGCAAGUGGAGCUCGUCCAAAUCCACAAGGUUCCUUCCAUUAUGGUUCAAUAAACGUCACUGAUGUUUAUGUGCUCAAAAGUCUGCCGCCAGUGAGGAUUAAUGGAAAGUUGCGAGCUACAUAUAAUGGGAUUUCCUUUGUGAAUCCUGAUACACCAGUAAGGCUUGCAGAUGUAUACAGAGUGAAGGGUGCUUAUAAGCUUGAUUUUCCAAGUAAGCCCCUUGACAGGUCACCCAGAGUGGACAGAUCCAUCAUCAAUGCUACAUAUAAGGGAUUCAUAGAAAUAAUACUGCAGAACAAUGACACCAUUGUGCAAACAUUUCACCUGGAUGGUUAUUCAUUCUUUGUUGUCGGGAUGGGCUAUGGUGAAUGGACUGAAAACAACAGAGGUUCAUACAAUAAGUGGGAUGCAAUAUCUCGUUCUACCGUUCAGGUUUUUGCUGGAGGAUGGACUGCUGUUUAUGUAUCUCUUGACAAUGUUGGCGUCUGGAAUCUUAGAACAGAGAACCUCGACAGAUGGUAUCUUGGACAGGAAACUUACAUGAGAAUUAUCAAUCCGGAAGAUCAUAACAACAAAACAGAAUUGCCUGUGCCAGACAAUGCUCUCUAUUGCGGUGCCCUGAGCCGCAUGCAAAAGCCUCAGAAGAUUUCCUCGGAAUCAACUGUACUUGCAUGCUCAAAGCUCUUUAUCAUUCUGAUAGCAGUAUUCUCUACAAUGAUCACUGGUUUGAGUUAGGCUUUCUUUCUGGUUUCUUCUGUAAGUAUGGGAACUGGAAGCAAUCAAUUUCUUUGUGUUGUCAGAAUGUUGGAUUGAACUGGUUCAAGAUUUUUAUUUCUUUUCUUUCGACAUUUUCGUUUAACUCGGUUGACUAGGAUUUAGCAACAAGCAACAAAUUGUUCAAAUCAUAUCAUAGAGCAUGUCUUUUUAAGAGUUGGGAGUCUAGGCGAUUGUGUUGUCGGGGAAAGUAUCAUUCUUUAUGUAUCCAAACAGUACAACUUUAAUACCAUUUCCCCCCAGUUUCAGGUGACAA